AUGUGGACUGGAGAGUACUUUCUCUCACUGGUGGACGCACGGACGGACGCACGCACGCACGCACUCACUCACUCACUCACUCACUCACUCACUCUGUCACUCGGUCGGUCGGCCGGCGACUCUUACUCGGAGCAAAUUUUCUUUCUUUUUCUUUUUGUUGUAGGAGUAAUUUUUCUUCCUGUUUUUUCUGGUGUAGGAGCAAUUUUUCUUCCCGUACUUUUUGCUUUUCUUCCUGAGCAAUUUUUCUUCCUGUACUUUUUGCUUUUCUUCCUGUUCUUUUUUUGUAGGAGCAAUUUUUCUUCCCGUUCGUUUUGUAUGAGCGGUAUUUCUUCCUGCUCUGUUUAUUUAGAAGAGCAAUUUUCCUCCCUGUUCUUUUUUUGUAGGAGUAAUUUUUCUUCCUGUUCUUUUUUUGUAGGAGUAAUUUUUCUUCCUGUUUUUUUGUUUGUUGUAGGAGCAAUUAUUCUUCCUGUUCCUUUUGUUGUAGGAACCAUUAUUCUUCCUGUACUUUAUGCUUUUCUUCCUGAUUUUUGUUGUAGGAUCAAUUUUUCUUCCUGCAAUUUUUGCUUUUCUUCCUGUUUUUUUGUUGUAGGAGCAAUUUUUCUUCCUGUUCUUUUUGUUGUAGGAGCCAUUUUUCUUCCUGUACUUUUUGCUUUUCUUCCUGUUCUUUUUGUUGUAGGAGCAAUUUUCUUUUUUUUUCUUUUUGUUGUAGGAGUAAUUUUUCUUCCUGUUCUUUUUGUUGUAGGAGCAAUUUUUCUUCCUGUUCUUUCUGGUGUAGGAGCAAUUUUUCUUCCCGUACUUUUUGCUUUUCUUCCUGAGCAAUUUUUCUUCCUGUACUUUUUGCUUUUCUUCCUGUUCUUUUUUUGUAGGAGCAAUUUUUCUUCCCGUUCGUUUUGUAUGAGCGGUAUUUCUUCCUCUUCUGUUUUUUUAGAAGAGCAAUUUUCAUUCCUGUUCUUUAUUUGUGGGAGCAAUUUUUCUACCUGUUCUUUCUGUCGUAGGAGCAAUUUUUCUUCCUGUACUUUUUGCUUUUCUUCCUGUUCUUUUUUUGUAGGAGCAAUUUUUCUUCCUGUUCUGUUUUUUAGGAGAGUAAUUUUUCUUCCUGUUUUUUUGUUUGUUGUAGGAGCAAUUAUUCUUCCUUUUCUUUUUCUUGUAGGAGCCAUUAUUCUUCCUGUACUUUAUGCUUUUCUUCCUGAUUUUUGUUGUAGGAUCAAUUUUUCUUCCUGCAAUUUUUGCUUUUCUUCCUGUUUUUUUGUUGUAGGAGCAAUUUUUCUUCCUGUUCUUUUUGUUGUAGGAGCCAUUUUUCUUGCUGUACUUUUUGCUUUUCUUCCUGUUCUUUUUGUUGUAGGAGCAAUUUUCUUUUUUUUUCUUUUUGUUGUAGGAGUAAUUUUUCUUCCUGUUCUUUUUGUUGUAGGAGCAAUUUUUCUUCCUGUUCUUUCUGGUGUAGGAGCAAUUUUUCUUCCCGUACUUUUUGCUUUUCUUCCUGUUUUUUUUGUUGUAGGAGCAAUUUUUCUACCUGUUCUUUCUGUCGUAGGAGCAAUUUUUAUCCUGUACUUUUUGCUUUUCUUCCUGUUCUUUUUUUGUAGGAGCAAUUUUUCUUCCCGUUCGUUUUGUAUGAGCGGUAUUUCUUCCUCUUCUGUUUUUUUAGAAGUAAGUUUUCUUCCUGUCUUUUUUUUGAGUAAUUUUUCUUCCUGUUCUUUUUUUGUAGGAGAAAUUUUUCUUCCUGUCCCUUUUUGUAGGAGUAAUUUUUCUUCCAAUUCUUUUUUUGUAGGAGUAAUUUUUCUUCCUGUUUUUUUUUUUGUUGUAGGAGCCAUUAUUCUUCCUUUACCUUAUGCUUUUCUUCCUGAUUUUUGUUGUAGUAUCAAUUUUUCUUCCUGUACUUUUUGCUUUUCUUCCUGUAAUUUUGUUGUAGGAGCAAUUUUUCUUCCUGUUCUUUUUUUAUUGGAGCAAUUUUUCUUCCUGUUCUUUUUUUGUAGGAGUAAUUUUUCUUCCUGUUCAUUUUUUGUAGGAGUAAUUUUCCUACCUGUUAUUUUUUUUGGAGGAGCCAUUUUACUUCCUGUACUUUUUGAUUUUCUUCCUGUUCUUUUUGUUAUAGGAGCAAUUUUUCUUUCUUUUCUUUUUUGUUGUAGGAGAGCAAUUAUACUUCCUGUUCUUUCUGUUGUAGGAGCAAUUUUUCUUCCUGUUAUUUUUGUUGUAGGAGCAAUUUUUCUUCCUGUCAUUUUUGUGUUAGGAGCAAUUUUUCUUCCUGUUCUUUUUGUUGUAGGAGCCAUUUUUCUUCCUGUUCUUUUUUUUCUGGUCAUAUCUAUCUAUCUAUCUAUCUAUCUAUCUAUCUAUGUGAUCUCAGCGUCAACUAGACGUGCAUUCCCUUCUGUCUGUGAAGACAUGUCGCCUACCCUCCAACAAAACUUGUUUACUUAUCGCUAUAAGUGUUGGUGCGAUGUAUGGAAAAACCAUUCAGCGGCUAGAAGUGAGGAUUGCUCAAAAUGUGUCUGGACCUAUCUGUAG